AUGCACUCUUUUAGUGACACACACGCACUGUUCGAUGAAAUUCCUCAACCGAACGUCGUUACUUGGAACACUAUGAUAUCCGGGUACGUCCACGCGGCCGGUUUCGAAACGCUUUGUCGUUUUUCAUGCGCCUUGACAGGUCCCAUGUUUCUCAAUUCAUUGCAAGACCGUGAAGCUCGGGCAUGGAUGAUAGCACUCGUGGUUGCAAACCGCUUGAUUGACUCGUAUGGGAAAUGCGGACUGUGGAACAUGUUUGCUAACAACGGGUACAUUGAACUUGCUUACAAGUUUUUGAACCUUAUGCCCAACCCUGAUACUGUUUCCUAUAAUGGCCUCAUAAAUGGAAUUAUUCGGGUGGGGAACAUGGAAGAUGUUGUUCAUGUUUUGUCAAGUCUGCCAAAUCCAAAUUCGUCUUCAUGGAAUUCGGAAAUUUCGGGAUUUGUUAAUAGGAAUCGAACUAGGGAAGCUUUGGAUAUGUUCUGUAAGAUGCACUUGAAAAAUGUAGAGAUGGAUGAGUUCACAUUUUCAACUAUUUUAGAUGGAAUUUUCAGUUUGGCUGCCUUAACGUGGGGAAUGUUGAUUCAUUGUUGCACAAUAAAGUGCGGUUUGGAUGAUUCUGUAGUUAUUGGGAGUGCCCUAAUUGACAUGUACUCAAGAUCGGGGCUUUUGAUGUUUUGCUGA